AUGGACCGCUGCGGCCCCGCAGGCAGCCCCCUGAUCUCCAGCAACGAGCCCGCGCCCCCUGCCGCCGCCACUCGAGACUCAAGCCCUGGGCUGACCGGGCCAGGGCCGACGGGCGCGGGCGGCGGCGGGCGCUCGGGCGGCGGGCGGCCGGCGGCGGCGAACGCCGCGCGGGAGCGCAGCCGGGUGCAGACUCUGCGGCACGCCUUCCUGGAGCUGCAGCGCACGCUGCCGUCCGUCCCGCCGGACACCAAGCUGUCCAAGUUGGACGUGCUGCUGCUGGCCACCACCUACAUCGCUCACCUCACCCGCAGCCUGCAGGACGACGCCGAGGCGCCGGCGGACCCCGGACUGGGCGCCCUGCGUGGCGACGGCUACCUGCACCCUGUCAAGAAAUGGCCCAUGCGAUCAAGAUUAUACAUUGGUGCUACUGGUCAGUUUCUGAAGCAUUCUGUCUCUGGAGAAAAAGCAAAUCAUGGCAGUAUUCCAACAGACUCACAGCCUUAGGCUGUCCCCUGAUGGGUACUGAAAGAAAGUGAUGUCCAUUGUUUUUAAAUAGUAUGAAAUAAUUCUAUAUUUAUUACAUCAGACAUAACAAACAUCAUUUCUGAAAGUUUACAUAUGAAUCCAUAGUUGAAUUUUCAGAUUUAUCUGUCUAAUCUAAAUAAAUGAGAAAUGAAAUAGUCUUGAAUAAAACACAGCUUAUCUUUUCUGAGAGGUAGUCACUACUAUAUAAUGCAGGAGACACUAUUGGAAAAAAGAAACACACAAAAGCAAAAAACUGUAUAUAUAUCCAUAGAAUGCAUACACUCUGUAGUGUAUUUAUUAUAAACUGAAA